AUGGUGGCCAUCCACUCUCCAUACCAGUCCGUUGACGAGGCCGACAGCCGGGAAGAGGAUCGCCUCGACUUUGAGCAAUCAGGCAAGGAAUCGCUCGAGAGCCUCAACAUCGAACGCGGCGAACAUCACAGUUUGCAUUACAGCCAAGGUCUCCAUCCGAGGCACUGGGCAUUCCAAGACAAGACCAGGAAGCGCGGCCUUCGUCUCCUUCUCAUCAUUGUACCCGUGCUGCUCGUCGCUGGUGGUCUCUUGGGUCUCCUUGCACAGUCUCUUACCUCCUCAGCGGCAGCAAAGACACAAGCUCUCAACGAGCCCAAGAGGCUCAAGGUGGCGUACGCAACGCUGCUCUCCGCCAAGGACGAAAACGUAGCCAAGGAGUCGACCAUCUACGAUGACAAGUACUUUGUCGCGACGCGCAUUCUCGGCUACCAGCUGCUCCACGAUCCCGAGACCAGGACGCAGCUCGGUGCGCCCUUUGUAGUGAUUGCUACCCCCAACGUCAGCCAGGCCAAGGUUGAUCGACUCGAGCGCGAUGGCAUCACCGUGUUCCGCGCCAAGCAGGAGAUCGACCCACCGCUCUACCGAAAGUACGACAGGAACCGCUUCAUCGGCGUGUGGAACAAGCUGUACGUCUGGCAAUGGACCCAGUACGACCGGGUCGUGUUCAUCGACAACGACCACAUCCUGCUCAAACGGCUCGACGACAUCUUUGACGAGACGGCAGCGCAGACGUUCCCCAACGUCAACAACCAGACGCUCGUCUACGCCGACGAAGAACCGCAGCCUACCGAGUACGUCUUUGCCGGCCAGCACGAGAUCAAGCAGAGCGGUCACCACCAUCCGCCCACCCAGGAAGACUUCGAGCCCGGUUGGACCGGCAUCGACUACGCCAACGGUGGCUUCUUCGUCACCAAACCCGACGUGAAGAUGUUCAACUACAUGCAGUCGAUCUUGAGGGUCAAGGACAAGUUCACACCUUACUGGGCCGAGCAGGAUCUCCUCAACCACGUCUUCAACCCAGCUGGCAACUUGCCCGUCAAGAUGCUCCCGCCCCUGUGGUCGCUCCACCGACCCACGAUCGAAGACACCAGCGAGAGUGUCGGCAUUCACGCGUUGCACGAAAAGUGGUGGAACGUUUGGCAGUCCAAGGAGAUGCAGGAAAAGAUGCAGGCGAUUCGCUGGAAGAUGGAGGGAUUCUACACUGCCUGGGACACAUACAUCAAGCCGUGA